CAUGCAUUUAUAUCCCUCCCUCCCCAUUACCCGUCUUCAAAAUCCUCUCUUUCUCUUUCUUUCCCUCUAUUAUCCCACAGUAGUAAGUAGUACCAUCCCACUCACUCACUCACUCACUGUUGGCCAUGGAAAACCAUAACCGUCUCAAACUGCGAAUCUCUCGCAUGUUCCGAUCCUCAUUCGGGUCGUGCAGAACCCGUAACCUAACCGAUGUUAUGGAAAAAACGGUGUUUGCACCACCCAGCCCCAUCGAUGAACCACCCUCACCCAAAACGAGACCCAUUUUUAGGCCCAAAACCAUCAACGACACUUGCAUCCUGUCGUUUAAGGAUUCUCAUUCUCUCCCCAGACGCAAAAUCUCCGAGUGGUCAUCACCUUUUGUAGUGGGUGGCGGCAACAAAAUCAAAAACAACAACCUCAACCUUAACCUCGGUGUCAUGUCGUGCCCACCCACUUCCCCAAACAUUUCCCUCAACACAAUCCACGAACACGAUUUCGGUUACGACGACAAAAAAAAGGUCUCGACGAAAAACUCGAGGACCAACAAGAAGAAGAAGAAGAAGAAGAAGAAGAGGCAUGCCCAGAAGAAAAGGGAGUUUUUCCCUUUCAAUUCAUGCGCCAAAGACACCAACUUUGGUGGAUACUGGUGGUAUAGCAGUGACGAAGACGACGAAACCGACACCCUUUUCUCCUCGAAAAGCCUCUCCUCGGAUUCCUCCCGGUCCCGGCGCCGGCGCCGGAAUAAUGAACGGAGCUCCGACAUGGGUGUUCUGCCGCUGAACGGGAAGGUGAAGGAUACAUUCGCGGUGGUGAAGCGCUCCAGCGACCCUUACAGUGAUUUCAGGACUUCGAUGCUCGAAAUGAUCGUCGAGAAGCAGAUUUUUUCGCCCGCUGAUUUGGAGAAUCUCUUGCAGUGUUUUCUGUCGCUGAAUUCGCAUCACCAUCAUAAGAUCAUUGUCCAUGUCUUCACCGAGAUUUGGGAGGCUCUGUUCUCUGACUGGUUUUGAUAAUUAGAGAGAUAAAAUAAGAGGGAGAAAGAAAAUAACCACUGUCUUAAUUAUCUUCGUUCUCUCUGUUAUUUAUGUUAAUGUUAAUUAGUUAUUUAGUUCGUUCCCAAGGGAAUUAAUUAGUUCAGUCCUUCUCACUUGCUUUGCAUGUAUGAUAUGAUAUGAUAUUCCAUCUUCUGCUGCACAAUUUAAUUACUGAACCUUUUUCA